AUGUCUCGUACGACAAAUCAAACGGAUCCACAAAUUCCACCACUACUUGAUCAAGAUGAAAAACGUGUAUUAGCUGAAUGUGAACGAGAAUCACUUGUUUAUCGUAGUAUACCAUUAGGUCUUAUAUCAUUUUUUGCAACACAAUAUGCUAUGUCAAAAAAUUUAAUAGCACCGCAAGGAAAAUGGAUUAAACUUGGUGCAAGUUUAUUUACUGGUUAUAUUAUUGGCAAAGUAUCAUAUGCACCAACUUGUCGAAAUAAAAUUCUUACACAAAUUCCAAAUAGUAAUCUAGCACAUGCGAUUCGUGGUGUUGAAAUUCUACAUGAAUCUGUUAAUGCAGAAGAACAACAGCCUCAACCAUUGGUAUCAAGAAAACCAAGAGAUCCAAGUGAAGCUGUUGUAUUUUUACCUGAUCCAGUUGAACUUGAUACGCAUACAGUUCCAGUUGGUAUUAAUCAGUAUGGUGAUCCAAUUUAUGAUACGACUAAAUGA